AUGGGCCCAAGGGCAGCAGUGAUCAGGCCUUCCCUUGUCUGGGGGCUCCUGAGUUACUGUUUCCUCUGCAGUUGGGCUCUGAGGAGUCAAAGGCCCUUGCGCUCUCUGCCUCCCUUACCCUCCCAAGCCAAGCCCGGAUCUGAGACCCUGUGGAUGCCCCCAAGGGGGGCUGAAGCCGCCCUGGCUUUUCUCUACUCCGGAGAUGUUCAAGAGCUGUCGGGGGCUAACUGCAGCGAGAGUUACGAGGUCCGUGGGGCAGAAGGCAAGGCAGGAAUACCCCCAGUCCUACAGAGAGCAGCGGGCACCCUGGCCCAGGCCGCCAAUUUUCUCAACAUGCUUCUGCAAGCCAAUGACAUCCGGGAGUCAAGCGUGGAGGAGGAUGUGGAAUGGUAUCAGGCGCUUGUGCGCAGUGUGGCAGAGGGGGACCCAAGAGCCUACAGGGCCCUGUUGACCUUCAACCCUCCACCAGGGGCCAGCCACCUGCAGCUGGCCCUGAAGGCCACUCGGAUGGGAGAUGAAACCAUCCUCCAGGACCUGUCUGGGAGCAGGGUACAGGAAGAGAGCCCAGAAGAGGAUCUGGACGGCCCCGUCCUGCAGAAGCGAGUCCUGACCAACGACCUAAGGAGUCUUGACAGUCCCAAGUGGCCACAAGCAGACGGUUAUGUGGGGGACAUCCAGCAGGUGAAGCUCUCUCCUCCCUUUUUGGAAUGUCACGAGGGCCGGCUCCGACCCGGCUGGCUGGUCACCGCCUCAGCCACGUUCUAUGGACUCAAGCCAGACCUCAGCCCAGAGGUCAGGGGGCAGGUGCAGAUGGAUAUCGACCUCCAAAGCGUGGACAUCAACCAGUGCGCAGGCGGCCCGGGCUGGUACUCUAACACACACCUGUGUGAUCUCAACAGCACUCAGUGUGUCCCCCUGGAGAGUCAGGGUUUUGUACUUGGCCGCUAUCUCUGUCGCUGCCGACCUGGAUUCUACGGGGCUAGUGGUUCUGGGGGGUCCAAGGAGACUGCCACCCAGGCUGCUGGGCAAUUCGGGUCCCCACAAGGCAGCUCAGGGAAGCUGCUGCGCUGCCAGCCAUGUCCUGAGGGCUGCACCAGCUGUCUGGACGCCACGCCCUGCACAGUGGAGGAGGCCCUGGCGCUGAGGACAGCAGUGCUGGCAUGCCAGACCUGCUGCAUGCUGGCCGUCUUCUUGAGCAUGCUGGUCGCCUACCGUUGCCGCAGGAGCAAGAGGAUCCGGUCAUCUGGAAUCGUCCUGCUGGAAGCCAUCCUUUUUGGAUCCUUACUUCUCUACUUCCCUGUGUUCAUCCUGUACUUCAAGCCCAGCGUCUUCCGCUGUAUUGCUCUCCGCUGGGUCCGGCUGCUGGGGUUUGCCGUCGUCUACGGGACCAUUAUACUGAAGCUCUCUAGGGUGCUCCAACUGUUUCUGUCUCGAACUGCCCAGAGAGGCCCGCACCCAAGCAGCGGGCAGCUGCUGCGGCGUCUAGGGCAGCUCCUGCUGCUGGUGUUGGGCUUCCUAGUCGUGUGGACAGCGGGCGUCUUGGAGCCAGGGAUCCAGCACACACCUCUGGUGACCCGAGGCCACACUCCCACUGGCCGCCACUUCUACCUCUGUCACCAUGACCACUGGGACUACAUCAUGGUUGUGGCGGAAAUGAUGCUGCUGUGUUGGGGCAGCUUCCUCUGCUAUGCCACCCGGGCGGUCCCCUCAGCCUUCCAUGAACCCCGCUACAUGAGUAUUGCCCUGCACAACGAGCUGCUGCUCUCCAUUGCCUUCCACACAGCCAGGUUUGUGCUGGUUCCUUCCCUGCACCCAGACUGGGCCCUUCUCCUCUUCUUCCUCCACACCCAUUGUACGGUCACAGCCACACUGGCUCUGAUCUUCAUCCCUAAGUUCUGGAAGCCAGGGGCGCCUCCCCGGGAGGAGAUCUUGGAGGAGAUCUUAGAGGAAGUAUAUGAAGACGAGCUGGACCUUCAGGGCUCAAGCUCCUACCUCAACAGCAGCAUCGCCUCAGCCUGGAGUGAGCGAAGCCUGGACCCAGGGGAUAUUCGGGACGAGCUGAAGAAGCUCUACGCCCAGCUAGAAGUCCGAAAGACCAAGGAGAUGGCCGCUAACAACCCGCACCUACCCAAGAAGCGGGGCAGCUCGCGCCAGGGGCUGGGACGUUCUUUCAUGAGGUACCUGGCUGAGUUCCCAGAGGCCCUGGCUAGGCAGCACUCCCGGGACUCAAGCUCUGCAGGCCUCAGCAGCUUGCCAGGCUCUUCUCGACGGAGGCUCCUCAGCUCCAGCCUCCAAGAAACUGAGAAGCCACCAGCCCUGCGCAAGACCCGCAGCACCUACCAGCCCCACAGGGAACAUAGCACACCUCCCCUUGACUCCACGCUCAGGAGGACCCUGUCCAAGAAGGCCUCACCAGCAGAGGUCCAAGAGUCAGUAGAGGGCCCCCCAGCUCUGGGCUUCAGGUCGGCCAGUGCUCACAACCUGACAGUGGGAGAGAGGCUCCCCAGAACCAGGCCCAUCUCCCUGCAGAAGUCACUGAGUGUGGCAGCUGGCUCCAGGGAAAGGGCUCUGCUUGUGGCCAGUCAGGCCUACCUGGAGGAAACCUAUAGGCAGGCAAAAGAGAGAGAGGAGAGAAAGAAGGCUGAGGCGGCCAUGGUGAGCCCAGUGCGGAAGCCAUCAGCCAGGAGGUUACAGCGACCUCUAAGGGCUCCUCUGUCAGCCCCACCUUCCCCUGCCAAGAGCAGUAGUGUGGACAGCUCUCAUACCCUAGGGAGGCCUCAUGAGGAGGCUGGGAGGAGGCUGCCUCACCCACCCAUCCGGCACCAGGUCUCCACACCCAUCUUGGCCCUGUCUGGGGCCUGGCUGGGAGAGCCAAGAAUGCUGUCUCCCACCCCAACCUCUACAUUGGCUCCUGUUCUGUUGCCAGCUCCAGCCCCGACUCCCAUCCCUGUCCUGACACCGGUCCCAAAGUCCCCCCAGAGCCCCACCCUACUCACUUUCAUCUGCCCCUGGGAGAACGCAGAACUGCCAGGCAAGAAAGAAAAUGUGGUCCAGGAAGGCCCCACAGGGCCAGAGCGAAGUAGCCACUCACCUGCCUCAGCUCGUACCAAGAUCUGGAGGGCCCUCUCUGUAGCAAUGGAAAAAAGGGGAACUGGGGAGAGUGAGACCGUCACAGAGGGAGGUCACGUCCAGGAAGAAGGUGAUGAUAUGGAUGAGGACAAGCCCAAGGUCUUCUCAAAGUCCCACAGCCUCAAGACCCCUCUGCAGCAGGGCUCCGUGCGUAGCCUGGGCCUGGCCAUCAAAGCUCUGACCCGUUCUAGGAGCACCUACAAAGAGAGCGGGGAGGCCAGCCCUGAGACUGAGAAGGAAAAGCCUACAGAGGUGAGCGCCGGGGCUCCACCCCGAUCUCCCAGGCUGGGCCGGCCCAAAGCAGUGAGCAAACAGGCUGCCCUCACCCCCUGUGAGGAUGAGGAGUCCCUCCAGAACCAACAGAAUGCUCAGACAAGCAGAAUGCUCCAUGUUUGUCAAAAGGAGGACAGCAGAGAUCAAGAAGAUAGAAACAAGAGGAACUCCCAGGGUCUAGGGGAGAAGAAAGUGGAACGAACUGGUAAAAUAGCGCUUGCCACACUGAGGCAAGUUUUUGGAGACAAAAAUGCUGAACAAGUGAAGGAAUCGCCUGUGGGAAACCAAGAGGUACCCACCACUGCCCUCCAGCCCCCAGGCAGUGCUGACCACAGGGUGGCUGAGGUGUGUCCCUGGGAGGUAACUGAAUCAGGAACGUGCCAGCCAGAGGUUAUCAACAAGGCCAAGAUUGGCUCCUUGGAGGGGCCUGAGGGAGGCCUUGAGAAGAAGCCAUCAAGACAAGUUCUAAGUAGUUCCUGGGAAGAGAGGGAGAGAGCCCCGGGGGAACCAGAGCCCGAAGGCGUGGGUGCCAUUACUCGCAAAAAGCCAGAGAGGCUGGUCCGGAGCCAGGAGGUGGUGUGCCCUUGGGAAAGCAUGGAGUCUGGAGGUCUGUCUCCUCAGUUGGCCCAUCAGGACUCUAACAGAACCCAGGGCAGGUCUGUGGUAGUAGGCGGCACAGAAGUGAGGAAGGGGGAGGUGAGGCAUCCAGAGGCUCUUCCACAGGGUGCUGUCAAGGCAGAGCUGUGCCCAUGGGAGAUGAGCGAUGUGGGGGAGGGGGCAUUGGUGCAAAGAGUACAGCAACUCCCUGAAGAACAGCAGAAAUCCCCCAAGAAGGCAACCUUCCGGAGAGAACAGAAUCUGGGCAGAGACCUGGUGUCUCUUUGUCCGUGGGAAAGUACUGAUUUUCGGGGUCCUUCGGCAGUCUCACUUCAAGCCCCAGGAAGCUCAGGGAGUUUGGGCAGUGGCAUUGCAGAGGUAUGCCCCUGGGAGGCAGGAGAGAUAUCUCAUGACAAGAAAGCUGAGGUCUGUCCCUGGGAGCUGGGCGAUGGGCUGACAGAUACAGAAACACUGAAUCAGGGGACAGAUGAGACGUCUCUCCCAGGAAAGGAGAAUGCCUCCAGAAAGGGAUGCUCAGUUGGGACGGGGGAGCAAACUGUGAGGGCAACGCCCACACAGGAGUCCGUGUGUCCCUGGGAGGAGGCAGCCCCUGAGCAGUCCACCUCAUAUCCAGACAACUCCUCAUCCGCGGCUGGUGGGAAAUCCCUAAGCAUCGAGGGCAGUCGGGCGCUGCAAGUUUGUCCUUGGGAAGUGCUCGAGCCAGAGGGAAAGCAGGCAACGCCUUCAACAGCAGAAAUCUGUCCCUGGGAAGGAGAUGGGCGAACAGAAACCAGGAUACCAGAACACACACCAAAAGAAGGAGAAUUUCAAAAGGAUGAUAAAAAACCUGAAAAAGCGAGAAUCCAAGCAUGGGGAAAGGCCGAGGGGCAGAGCCAAAAGCAGGAAGCCAUCUGCCCCUGGGAGAGCAUGGACCAUGGUGGCGCCCCACAAAAAGACAGGGAGAAACCCCAGGGCACUCUGCAGAGGCCAGGCAGCAUGGAAGGCAAAGCUGCGGAGAUCUGCCCGUGGGACGAGGAGCAGGAGACCCUGGCAGCUGAGAAGGCCAAGAUCUGUCCCUGGGAAGUGGGUGCUGGGGCUGGAGAGGAAAGGGUUCUGGGGGCUGAAGCCUCUGGCAUCUUUCCAAGUGAUACAGGUCAGACAUCUGUAGAUUCUGGACCCAGCCAGACAUCUGCUACUGCUCCAAAGAAGCCAGAGAGGCCAGGCUUGGAGAAGGAGGUUGUCUGUCCCUGGGACAGCUUGAGUCCAGGGGAUUCCUCUCAGCAGCCAGACACUCUGAACACUGAGAAACUAAAAGAUGGACUACAGAAACUGGACCAUGUGAGUGCCAGGCCGAUAGAGGUGUGUCCCUGGGAAUCGGAGGAAGUUCCUACCAGUGAAAAAGCCAAGAUCUGUCCCUGGGAAGUGAAUGAAGGAACCCUGGAUGAAGGACUGGAACAGGAGAUGGGGAGUGAGCCAGCGGAACAAAGGAGAAAGAGUCUGGACAUGGCAGGAGCCCCCCUCCAAACAAAAGGCACGUCAAAAGAGGAUGCAAAACUCCACCAGGGACAGGAAGAGGAAGCUACCUGUCCUAGGGAAGACAAGGUCUUGGAAACAUCUGCCCAGGCCUCCAAGGUCUUACCCAGCAACACCAGUGGUCAAACAGCAGAGGGACAGAUCUUGGAAGCAAGUGACAGGGUGACUGACAAGGGAGACCUAAGACAAGACCUGAAGAUGGGUUCUCUCCCAGAAUCCACAACCCAAGGAAAAGCUCCAGCUUUAAAAUCCCAGUCUGCCGUUCUUGGGAGAGGAGCAAGCGAGGAGCGCCAGUCUGUCUGCCUGCAGGAAAGCCUGGUCCUGGCAGGCUCUUCCUCCCAUCCACACAGCCAGUGCCCUGACCAACCUGGAGCCAGCUCCCAGACCCUGGUCACUGCUGGGGAUCCUGGGAUGUGCUCGUGGGAAGCUCCUGACCCAGAUCUGUGUAAACCUGACAGUGACACCAAGGUUGAGAUCUGUCCCCGGAAGGAGCCUGGGACAGUUAUGGAGACAGAGACAUCAAGACAAGAUGACGAGAAGAAGAAAUCUCAAGAAGAAAAAGGAAGGACGCCUGAAAUACUGGAGCACAAAGGUGUGGCAGUUCAGAAAACACCCCAGACCAGCAGCUCUGGGCAGCAGGAAGGUGGGGAGAGUCAGGACUUGGGGGUGCAAGCAGCCGAGGGUGCUUCUGAUGGAAGCAGAGGCAGUUCUGAGGACGUGAGCUGUGUCGGGGUGGCACAAGUGUGUCCUUGGGAAGUGGAAGAGGUUCCCUCUGCCAAGGAAGUGGAGAGCUGCCCUUGGCAAGCAAGUCCAGGAGCAGUGGGGGAGGGGGCACUGGACGGAGAGCAGGGUGGAGAGUCGCAGGGGGCUGGAGGGGCUGAAAGGCACUUCUUAAAAGCAGCAGAAACAGACUACCCCUCAGAAGGCAUGACGUCAGCGGGGCUCCUCCCCGAGGCAGACACUCUGGACACAGACGACCCCAAAGUCAGCCUCCACGGAGCAGGCAGCCCAGGGAAACGGCUAGCAGAAGUCUGUCAGUGGGAAGUCACAGACCCAGAAGGCAAUAAAAUCAAGGGCACCAUGGCAGACAUCUGUCCGUGGGAGGAAGACAGGGCCCGACCUGAUGAAUCUGGCCUCCUGGCUUUAGCCACAACCCAGACAGAUGUCCCUGCUGCCCCUGAGAAGUCACUUUGCCUCUCCGUACACAGAUCUUUGGAGACCUUUCUCCCAGACAGCAAGAGCGUCCGCCCAGAACUGAGCAAGCCAACCAGUGCUUUUCCUCUGGAAGGUGUCAGAGAACAGGAACCUUUGGGACUUGAGUCUGGAGCCAAGUCAGCUCCAGAACCAAGUCUUGGAGAAGGGGAGGCUCCAAAGUCUUUGUCCUUAAUUGAAGAGCAAGGACAAAUGGCUUCUGAAGCCGAAGCUGAAGAAUUCAGCCUCCCACCUGCCUAUCCUUGGGACUGUGAAUGA